UCGAUGCGCACAGAAGGAGAGCUUGUCCAUCUAUAAAACGCGUAUGUGAAGUGAAGUCGAGUCGGUCAAUUGAUAAAACUAUGUAUAGGGGCAGCCGGGCCGUAUUAGCAAGCGUGACGUGCCGGACUGAACACGUCUUUCUUUUCUGGCAACAGAAGAUGAGAUGUACAAGCAAGACCAGUGGUUUCAGUAGCACUACCGAGCUUGCAUAAGCUCUUUUUUCACCAAUCGAACCGCGCGAAAUGGUCGCCUCGGAAUACAGGGCGCAACGGAACCAAGGCUUUGAAAAAGGCGCGAAGCGUUGUGUUGUUGGCGUGUUGCGUCACAAAGGCAAGAUGAAAGGCGGGGGGCGGGCUCCAAUUCCAUUCGAAGUAACGUAAUAGGAUUCGUUAAUGCACAAUCUUCAAAACUUCUCGGGAUCCUUAGUUUUUCGAGCAAAGGUCCCAUCCUUCAAUAUCAUGAUUGGGUCGACCAGGCCAGAUCAUAAGUGAAAGAAAAUGAUCGGGUCGACCAGGUCAGGCCCAAUCAUGAGUGAAUAGAAAAUAGAAAACGUACAUUGCUGUUCCAGCGGAAAUACUUGGAAUCAUUCUACCACUUUUACUAGGAGUAGCCUUUUUAGUGCUAGCUGAACGUAAAGUAAUGGCUUUUGUGCAACGUCGAAAGGGUCCUGAUGUAGUAGGAUCGUUUGGAUUGUUACAACCUAUAGCAGAUGGUUUGAAAUUGAUUCUAAAAGAACCUAUUUCACCAAGUAGUGCUAAUUUCUCCCUUUUUAGAAUGGCUCCAGUGGCUACAUUUAUGUUAAGUCUGGUCGCUCGGGCCGUUGUACCUUUUGAUUAUGGUAUGGUAUUGUCAGAUCCGAACAUAGGGGUACUUUAUUUGUUUGCCAUAUCUUCGCUAGGUGUUUAUGGAAUUAUUAUAGCGGGUCGGUCUAGUAAUUAGGGGGCGGCCGUUCGGUCGCCUAUGAUAGAAGGACCAAUGGGUCAAAAAUAGGUUUGUGCCGCAGGUGUUGAACGAUCUACUCUACACAGGUGUGGGCUUACAGGGCUAGGGCUCAUAAACCCUUUCAUUCAUAAAUAGGGCCCUGGUCGGUAACUUUUCCGGGCCGGCGGGAUCGAAAAGUGGAAGUCAUAAAAAAGAGAUUUCUUUUCAAAAAAAGAAAAGGCGACGAAAGCCCACUACAGUACAGUCGAAGUAAGCGGCUGAGUUAGCCUAGCCUCGCCGACUUUUUCUUUUAGUAGGCGAGCGAGUUAGCGAAGACGCUUAGGCUAAUUGCUAAGAGAGCGUCGGGGCGUAGCCUGAAUUCUAUUCUACUACGCUACGCAAAGUAACUUAGCUCGACGUUAAGAGAGUCAAGGUUAUGACAUAAAUAGAAUAACCGCUGUUCGCUUACUUUACUAAGGUAUAACCUUUUGCUCCCCGGGGGAAAGCUGCUUCGCACCACUGAUAGACUACUAAAUAGGAAAUGACAAAGGCCUUGUUUCGCAAGCCUUUGUCAUUGUAAGUAAACUAAGUAGGGCGAAUAGCCCCCUGCGAAUCCGUAAAUCUUAGUGAGGAGCAUGCCGCGAAAAAAAAGGAUGGUCCCCUAUGCAUUUCUUUCCGGAACGGAAAGAAUUCAAGUACCUUACCCCCCAUCAUGGUGAACCUCUCCUUGUGAUCGGGAUGAGGUAGAUGCCUCCCAGCCGGGGGGCUUAUCGAAUCGGAGUUUCCUUAGGUAGCCACCGACCUACAGUUAUCCUUAAACUUCCGUGCUUGGUGGAGAAGAAGCGAACAAAGGUACGCUCGCUUGCUGUCUUGUUCUCUGCCGCGGACUGGGAUCGCUCGCCAGCUAGGCCCUAUAGAAGAAAGUUAGAGCAACAUUGUAUGAGAACAUAUUACCCAUCUUCGGGGACAAGGGGCGGAACGACCUCUCGAUCUACUUACUGACUACAGCCCAGGACGGGCGUCGUCGUCUAGGCGUUCCCUGUUGCUCUGAUCUCCCCUACGCCUAGGACGUUGUCUGGGCCAAGAGCCAUAGUUAGUUGCUGUUUCUCCAUUUGGUUUUUUUCUCGUUGUUGAUACCGGCAAGACCCAGCCAGAUGAUGAUGUCUGCUGGUUGGUAGUGAGAGGACUCUUAGUACCAAGGGGCGCGCGCUGAUGAAAAAACAAUCAUUUUCUUUAGUUUCUUGCUCUCCCUUAGCACUUAGCAGCGGGAAAUGAGUCUAUCUAUCUGCCUAGCUUUGGUAGAUUUCCCCCCAACGCAAUGAAAAAACGGAAAUUCCACGAAUCCCUGAGGUGGAUAAGUCCGACGACUCAGCAGCAGUGCGGAAUGGAGUUUCUCGUCCGGUGGAUCUGAUCUAUAGUUUCUAGUUAUGGGGCAAGACAUACCAAAAGGUUCGAA